AUGGCCAAGCGAGUUGCAAUUGUGGGAGCUGGGGUCAGUGGCCUGGCCUCCAUCAGGUGCUGUCUGGAGGAAGGACUGGAGCCCACCUGCUUCGAGAGGAGUGACGACCUUGGGGGUCUGUGGAGAUUCACUGAACAUGUCGAAGAAGGCAGAGCCAGUCUCUACAAGUCUGUGGUUUCCAACAGUUGCAAGGAGAUGUCUUGCUACCCAGACUUUCCCUUUCCAGAAGAUUAUCCAAACUAUGUGCCAAAUUCUCUAUUCCUGGAAUAUCUCAAAAUGUACGCAGACCAGUUCAACCUUCGCAAAUGCAUUCAAUUCAAGACCAAAGUCUGCAGUAUAAAACAGCACCCAGAUUUUGCUGUGUCUGGCCAAUGGGAUGUGAUCACUCUACAUGAAGGAAAGCAACAGUCAGCUGUCUUUGAUGCUGUCAUGGUCUGUACUGGUUUUCUUACUAACCCAAAUUUACCACUGGACUCCUUUCCAG